UUAUUUCAUAAGAAGAUAUUGUUAGACCCUUUGUAUCUUCCAUUUAUUAAUGAAACACUAAUUUUAUUAAAUUAUUUUAUGUAAACUAUUUUGUGUCUACUAUUUUUUAUUAUUAUUUUAGAUCCUAUGAAUAUAAUGCAAUAUAAGUUAUCCAUGUAAUUUUGAUAGAGCAAGAAAUCUCAUUAGCAUCCACAUAAUCAAUCUUCUGCUUAUCCAUUUUAGUUUACCUUAACUGGAUCCCUGGUUGCCAGCUUGCAGCCCCGAGUUAUAAUCCGUUAAUUCUGCCCGAGGGGGGGGAUCCUUUGGUGGCGGAGCUCAUCUGCGAAGGGGAAGGUAGGUGGUCGGAUGCUAAGUUGAGUCGGUGGUUUGACCCUUCGACAUGCGCAGCCAUUAAGUCUAUUCCUCUUCCGCGGCGGAAUGUUGCUGACAAACUCAUUUGGCAUAACACGGCUGAUGGAGUUUUCUCGGUUAAGUCCGCUUAUCAUUUGGCGGUGGAUCUAGACAGGAGGAGGGGGGGGGGGGGUUGGAGGGAGGCUGUUAGUUGGAUGGAUAAAAAAAGCUGGAUCAGGAUUUGGGAAGCUAAGAUACCACCGAAAUUGAAAGUUUUUAUAUGGCAAAUUUGUAACCGGAUUCUUCCUACUAUGGAAGCGCUUAUCGAGAGAAAGGUGCCAGUGUUGCCCCGUUGUCCAGUCUGCUGGAAUGGCCCGGAAAUGAUGGAACAUUUGUUUCUGUACUGCCCGGUUGCGCGAGCUAUUUGGGACCAUUCUGGGCUCGAUUAUCUGGGAGAGGGUUUGCCCCGUCAUACUUUCCCUUUGUUUCUUAAGCGGUUAUUGGCAUUGAUCCACCAGCCCUCGCUAGUGAUGGCGGUGGUUGCAGUCCUUUGGCGGAUCUGGAAGUCCCGGAACUGGGUGGUCUUUGAGGGCAAACAGUUUGGGAUUCCAGCCCUUAUGCGACAAUUCCAUCAACAGUAUGAGGAGUGGAUGGCCUUGCCAGUGGAUGGGCGGCCUCCGGGCAGAGAUCGGGUGGUGCCGGCGGAGGUAAACGUGGGGGAUUUCCGGUGGAUCUGUCGUUGGGAUGGGGCUACUAAGGGUGGGUCGCAUGCGGUCGGUGGGAUGGUUCUUCUCACUCCUGCUAAUAUGCUGCUUCGGGCUAAGGGGGUUCAGUUUCCUUCGGUGGAAGAGCCGGCGCUGGUGGAGUUGCUUACGCUCCGGGAGGCUAUUACUUGGUGUUUGGACAGUGGGUGGACAGAGGUCCGGUUUGAGGGGGAUGCUAAGGUGCUUAUUGAUAAAAUCAAUCAGGGUGAUAAUAGGGAGAGUCGGUUGGGUGCGAUCUUAGAGGAGAUUGGUAUUUUGUUGGAUGCCCAACCGGGUUUUAGUGUGCGAUUUAUAGGACGGGAGAACAAUAGGGUAGCUCAUGUUGUAGCUAGAAAGGCCCUCUCUUUGUCUCCUUCUAUGUAUCGUCGGUUUGAUUUCAGGGCCUGGCUGUUUUCCAGGAUGUAACUAUUUUUUAUGAUCAAUAUAUGAUAUCUUUUGACAAAAAAAAAAGCAAUGUUCUAGCAUAACCAACCAGAAAUAGAACUAUCAACUAUCAUUAAUUUAUUAUAAUAAUAUUUUCAGCAAAUUUAACCGCAUAUAAAUAUAAUUGAUAUUUAGUAGAGGGCUAACUAUCCUCUGCAAAACGAAUAUUUUUUUUUACCUAAUAACAACAUAGACGAAUAGUGAAAGUUGCAAACUUCAGUACAACUCAAUUCGUUCCAUCAUAUGAAUUCCUCAAUCAUGAACUGGAUUGAUGGAAAACAAACAAUUGACGUUGCACACUUUAAGAAAUUGAAAGAACAUGGACAUAGACAACCCAAUGACCACCACUACCACUUUAUUUCUUAUUUGUGACCUUUAUAAAACUCCAUAUCCCUUCUACUUAUAACCCCUACCACUUACUACUUACUGACUAUAUCAUCAUUGUAAAGCUAGCUAGUAGCAAGCUACUCAUGAACAUAAUAAAUAUAAAAACAUCAUCUGAUGGAACAUGGUAAGGUGACAAUCCUCACAAUUUGUUUUCCAUUUUAGCAUCCGAUGAAUAAUAUAAAAGAGAAAUGCUAGAAAUCUCGAACUUUUGAGCAAAGAAGAAAAGAUUUUUUUUGUUUUUAUAGGGCUUGACCCACUCAAUUAAUUUUAUUCUUUUUAAUGAUGGAUUUUAUUUUUAGAGAGCUAAUUUAUACAGAAAAAACGUAUAGAAACAAACUAAAAGGUUGCAUUCAUUGUUAUUCACUUAAAUUUAUGUGUUAUUAAUGAUAAUGACGAUUGAAAGUGUUAACAUAAGGUACGUCAUUUAUAAAUAGAACUUGCUCACCAUGAAAGGAUGAGAGCCAUCCAUGUACUGAUGUGGCAGUAAUUUAGUUUUGAAUAAUACCUAAAGCGAAGAUGAAAGCCAAUGGUAGAUCAAGUAGAGCAAUUUACAACCCUGCCACCAUAAUAUGAAAGUACUUAAGAAAUGGAAAGAAGAGUAGAACCCGACCAGUUAAUCACAAGCAGCCAAAUACAGUUGGAGAAGAGAGGUCAGUCAUUAGCUGCGGAUCACAGGAGAAUAGGGAGUUGUCGAUAAUACUUGGCUUGGUUUACUUCGUAUUCGCAAUGAUAAGAACUUUUUUGCCAAUAGGAACAAUAUAUUACAGCUACUCAAUUGUUUCUCAUCUAAUUGCUGCCUCUUGUAACUGACGCAAUGAAAAAAACUCUACAUGUCUUACCAUUUUCCUUAAAAUAGUAUCUAUGCAUAAAAUAGUAGAGAAGAAAACAGAAAUGCUAGAAAUAUCAAAAUUUUGAGUAAAUAAGAAAAGAGUUUUGUUUGUUUUAUAGGGUUUGACCCAAUUUCUAUCUUUUAUUUUUUCCAAUUUCCAAUUUUAUUUAGAUCAUCUACACCGGAAAAUCAAUAGAAAAAACCAAAAGAUUGUAUUCAUUGUUAUUAACUUAAUGCAUAAUUUAAUGAUAAUAAUGAUGGUUUUAAGUGUAAGGAAAAAAUUUAUAAUUAGAACUUGUCCAACAUGGAAGAAUUAGAGUCAUCCAUGUGCUUAUGUGGCAAAGAUUUAGUUUUGAAUUCCUAUAAUAUUAAGUAAGGAUGAUUAUCUUCUGAGAAAAAAGAAAAUACAUUGUUUAUGCACUAUAUUUUUUUAACAGUUUAUGCACUAGAUUCUGAAGAAGGGGUUGGGGAUCUUUAUGCUGGAUUAUUUGGGUGCAAUAUAGUGGAUUGCCCCGAGUGGUGGUUGAAACAUAUUGUUAAAAGUAGUUAUCAUUCAUUUUCAAUUUCAUUCUUUUUCCAAAAGAUCACUCAUAUGGUCGAGAAAACAGUUAGAUAUCAAGAGUCACAUAGCCAAAAAUAGUUUGGAAAUAAAAUCGAACAUUAUUA